AUGGCUGAUAACGAACUCAUUGAGAAGUUGUUAAUACAUACCCCACAUGAAAUCAACACAGGAACAUCACAGCUUCAAAACAUUAUUAUUACAAUCACAGCAACAAAAGAAGAUACAUUUAAUCCAGGCAAAUUCGAAGUUAAAGAAAGUAUUUUCAAUGUUAAUCCAGAAAAAAAGAUUGAAGACCUUAUCAAUGAUUUCAAAAGACAACAUAAAUAUCCGAACGACAAAUAUUACCUAAUUUAUAAUAACAGACUUUUCGAAAACGGUACUCUUGCACAAGCUGGAAUUACCAACAGAAAGAAGCUUACCUUCUUCGCCCCAGCAAACGAGAAAAAACUUGCAGAAAACGAAGGUUUCAAGCUCAAAUUCUGGUCUUAUCCAGCUUUAUGCCUUGCUUUCUCAUUCUUAUUUGCUGGACUUGUUUGCAGAUUCGAUUACAGACUCCGUGGUGCUUAUGUGCUUGUAGGUUCUUUAAUUGGCGUUCCUGCAAUGGUUUGCUUCCUCAUUGGUCUUACAGAAGCUUUCUCUAAGGCUACAAAUACUUCAUUUACUGGUUCUGAAUGGUUUGGUUCAUGUUAUUACGGUGAGAACUCUUGUUGUAGUUGCUGCUGUUGCUGCUGCAAGCCUCAUGAUUCCCUGUAA